AUGCCGGUGAGGCCCACCUCGCUGGAGGAGGCCCCGAGCCCCCACCUGCAGGAGAACCCCAAAGGCGGAUUUGGCGCCACGGGCGGGGAGGGGCUGCGGAGCCUGCCCUCACCCGGAGAGGCGCGAGGUCUUGGCAGCCAAAGCCUUGGCGGGCGCAGGGCCUGCCGCCGUCUGGAUCGGACGGUGGCGGAGGUGGUGCAGUUCCUGCAGGUGGAAGACAGGAAGAGCCCCGUCACUCGCUCCGAGUUGGGGAAAUACGCUAUCUGAGACUCAAAGGAUCUUUUCCCUGAGAUCAUCGCUAGGGCCGCAGAACAUCUGCGGUAUGUCUUUAAUUUUGAGCUUAAAUAGCUUGGCCGCAAACACCACACUUACCUGGUCAACAAACUAAAGCCUCUUGGGGAGGAGGAGGAGGAUCUGAGGGGAGAUGGCCUCAGAUUGGGUCUCUUAAUGAUCUUGGGCUUUAUCAACAUGAAAGGUAAUAGCACCAGGGAGGCACAAGUCCGGAAGAUGCUGCGUCGGGUAUGCCGAUAACAUCACUACCUCUGGGCACCCGAAGAGGCUUUUGACGAUUUUGUACAGCAGCAAUACCAAUACAGACGGGUGCCUCACACCAUUCCACCAGAUUGUGAAUUCUCUUGGGGUCCCUGAAGCAACCUGGAAACCAGCAAGCUGAAAAUCCUGGGGUUCGUGGCCAAACUCCGUAGCAAGGAACCCCAGCACUAGCCAGUGCAGUAACCUGAGGUGCUGGCAGAAGAGGUCGACAAGGCCAGAGCUGAGGCCAGUAUUCGGUUAGGGGCAGGGCCGAUGCUGGGGUUGGCAUCCGCCCCUGGUGGUCAGCAAGGGGGUGGUUAG